UAUCAUUCCAUCUUUUCCCGGUUAUAUCGUCUGCCUAUAUAUAUACCCAUCUACUUAUUAGUCUUCGCAAAAGACUCAAACGUUGACCACACUAUACUAUAAUGAUGGUGAAGAUGAUGAGAUGCAGAAGCGUAGACGACUCUCAUCAGAAUGUUGUUAAGGAUGAAGUCGACAAGUCUUUCAGAAUCAAGCAUGAAGACAGCAUCAACUUCUUCUCCAGACUCCUUUCCCGCCAACAAACAGCUAAAAACAACAACACCCAGCAUUCUUUCAGAGUCUACUAUGCCGAGGAUGUUUCUGUUCCCUUUGUCUGGGAAUCUCAGCCCGGAACUCCCAUACACAGAUUCGCCGACGCCGGUGGGGACGCCGCCCUCCGCCCUCCUCUCACUCCUCCCCCGUCUUACUUCAUCAACGGCAAAAACCCACCCAGGAAGAAGAGGAAUCUGCUCAGGGCUCUGCUCGUUAAGGUCAGUCUCAAGAGUACUAGAUCUAGAGCCAAAUCAUCACCGCCCGCCGCUGCCUCCGUCACGCCGUCGUUGCCGUCUCCUUCGUUUUCUCUCUCGCCGUCUUUCUCUUCUUGUUCUUCAUCUUCCCACUCGUCGUCGUCGUCCUCGGCUUUCGCUACUCCUCUUUGGAGAUUCCACGGCGGCCGGAGAAGGAGGCUGGCUUCUUCGGGCUCCUCCGGCUCCUCUUUGGAAAAGGGCAUCAUUGAAGAGGUUUCCGGCGGUGAGGAAUCAUCGACGCCGCCGGCGUGUUGCGGGUUGACCCACCGGAAUAGGAGGACCCUUAGCAUGCAUUAAGUGGUCGAUAACGUAACAUCUCCAUCCAUUAUUGUAAGUCACAACAUUAAUUAAUAUACAUUGGCUUUCCACCCGACCAAGCUAAGCUAUUAAAAACUUUGGUAAUUUUUCGCAUUGUAUGAAUCAAUAAUGUAAAUGUGCUUGUUUGUGUUUCAAUGCUUAGUUUAGUUACGUUAUUACAUCUCCAUAAUUGUGCAUUUGUUGCAUUGAACUACCGAUCGACAAAUUAAUGUUAGAGAACAAUAUUGUAUGGAAUAUGAAGAUAAUUAAGAGGAAUU